AUGACAACCAUCCUCAUAACAGGCGCCAACACAGGCAUUGGCUUUCAGAUCGUGCGUGCCCUCAGCAACUCAUCACAGCCCUACCACAUCCUCGUCGGCGCCAGAUCAUCAGCAAAAGCAAACGAUGCAAUAAAAGCCGCCCAGGACGAAUUCCCCUCGUCAACCAGCAAGUACUAUCCCGUAGUUGUUGACAUCGAAUCGGACGAGUCGAUUCAGAGCGCUUUCGCCCAGGUCUCUGCCGCGCAUGGCAAGCUAGAUGUGCUGAUUAACAAUGCUGGGGCUUCAUUCGAACCCCGCUUCAGCAGCGGCGAAAUCACCACAGAGCGCCAGCUCUGGGAUAAGUCAUGGAGCGUCAACACCACCAGCACACAGGUCAUGACAAGUGCCUUCAUCCCUUUACUGCUGAAAAGCAGCAACCCGCGUCUCCUUUUCAUAACCUCAGGGACAUCGACUCUGUCUGGCACCAGUAACCAGGCUCUGGCCGUGAAUAAUUCUCCAUCGGCGGGAUGGCCCAAGGCUGGCUUUAUCGGGGUGCCGGCGUACCGCAGUGCGAAGACGGGUCUGAAUAUGCUGAUGCGGGAGUGGCACCGCGUGCUGAAGGAGGAUGGGGUGAAGGUGUUUGCGAUUAGUCCUGGGUUUUUGGCGACGGGGUUGGGUGCUGGUGCGGAGGUUCUGAAGAAGAUGGGGGCUGGGGAUCCGGCUGUUGCUGGGCCUUUUGUUAGGAGUGUUGUGCAGGGGGAGAGGGAUGGGGAUGUUGGGAAGGUCUUGACCAGGGAUGGGAUUCAGGAGUGGUGA